UCGCGAUGGCUAACUUAAAACAAUCUGUAAGGGAGAUGUUUGCCUCAAACAUUCAGGAAGGUGAAAUCGGCUCGGUAAAGUUGAAUCUAUGGCUGGCGCAAAUAACUGGAGUUCCCAUAAUCGGUCUCAAGGAAGAAUCAUUUUGGGUUAAGACGUUUAUACUUAUGUAUGGAAUUUUUACCACUGCAGUGGUGACCUUCAUCUAUACUGGCUUUGAAAUUUAUGAUUUGGUCUUGAAUUGGAGUGAUUUGGAUAGUUUAACUCAAAAUACAUGUUUAUCUUUGACCCAUAUCGCUGGGGCGCUUAAGGCCAUAAAUUUAAUCGCUCGUUUACCUGAUCUGCAAAAAGUCUUGCAACAGUUGAAAUAUGUCACUAAAACUUAUAUCAAAUCCGAAAAGCAACUGAAGGCAUUCCUUGAUGGUGAAUUGGAGAAUAAGCUGGUUUUGAGUAUUUACAUGGGCCUAGUUGGUUUUACAGGAUGCCUCGGGAUGGUCAUGUUGUAUGUCAAUCCCGAAGCAGUUGCUGGUAAGAUAUUUCCCUAUAGAGUCGUAUUGCCCGCAUGGAUGCCCCAACAGUUACAGCUGCUAUACAUGGGUCUAAGUGUCAUUGUGUUUGCCAUACAAAUCAUUGCUGUGGAUUAUUUGAAUGUAACGAUCAUAAAUCAAAUUCGUUUUCAAUUGAAUGUCCUAAAUUUGGCCUUUGAUGAUCUCAUGGUGGAGAUACAACCAAAUUCGGCUGGACAGGACGCGGGGAGUUUGGUGCUGUACAAAUAUGAUCCCAUGGAGAGAUUGAAGUCCAUAAUCGAACAUCAUGGUCUGUUGAGGGAAUUACGUCAAGACACCGAGGAUAUUUUUAGUCAACCCAUAUUGUGGCAGUUCAUGACAUCCGUUAUCAUAUUCGCCAUGACCGGUUUUCAGGCCACCGUACGUACUGGCGGCAGCAGUGCGGCUGUACUGAUUUAUGCCUAUUGUGGUUGUAUCUUUUGUGAACUUUUUGUGUACUGUUGGUUUGGCAAUGAGGUUUUUGAGCAGAGUAAAACACUAGCCACUAGCGGUUUUAAUUCUUCGUGGUAUCUCUUCGAUCGCCGCUAUAGAACAUCUCUCUUAAUAUUUCUCACCAAUGCCCAGAGACCAUUCAUAUUUACAGCUGGUGGUUUUAUGGGGCUCUCUUUGCCCAGUUUCGCUGGUAUACUAAGUAAAUCGUACUCUUACAUUGCUUUGCUUCGUCAAAUUUACGGAGACUGAAGAGAAUUUUGUAAUUUAGUACAUACUCGUAUUGUCGGCACUAAGUAUGUGUGUUUACUCUUGUUCGCUGCGAUUUGGCCAUUAAGCACUUAAUGCUGUUUUAUUUAAAAUACAAACAAAAAAUUAUAAAUAAUUGUGAGCAAAAAUAAAGAUAAAUCGAAUGAUUCA